ACGACAAUCUGGCACCGUUGUACAACACCCGGCAACAGAAGGUGGCGAGGGGGGAUCCAAGCUUCGUGUCAGGCUCCUCUCAUUUCUUAAGUAAUUAUGGCCAGUGGUGCAGGUGGUCAGGUGCUGCGGAGAGGCUUCCAGAGGUCAGUAGGUGGUCCCUGGAACUAUGUUGGUGGUCGGCGGUGUGACCCAACCCAGGCCACCUCAUCUUUCAAGGUGACAGAGCCAGCCACGGGUGGGGUGAUGUGUGAGGUGCCGGGCUCAGGACCACAGGAGGUACACAGAGCCGUCACCUGUGCCAAAGAAGUGCUGCCUCUUUGGAGUAAGCUGAGUGGCCGUGAGCGGGGACAGAAGCUGUUGGAGGCUUGCCGCAUCAUCAGGGACAACCUGGAGGACAUAUCACGGCUAGAGGUCCAGGACACAGGGAAGCCGAUAUGGGAGGCCCGUUUGGACAUUGCUUCCUGUGCCGAUGCCCUGGAGUACUAUGGGGGAAUGGCACCCGUGAUUGUAGGCCAACACGUUCCCCUGGCUGGCGGCUCCUUCGCCAUGGUGCAGCGCCAGCCCCUCGGAGUCGUUGGGGGCAUUGGGGCGUGGAACUUCCCCAUGCAGACCUGUGUGUGGAAGGUGGCUCCAGCCCUUGCGUGUGGCAACUCCUUUGUGUACAAGCCAUCGCAAUUCACCCCAGUCACCGCGGUCACCUUGGCAGAGGUGCUAACGAGUGCUGGCGUGCCUGACGGGGUGUUUAACGUUGUGCAGGGUGAGGGCAGCACCGGUGUGGAGCUGUGCCACCACCCUGAUGUUGCCAAGCUAUCCUUCACUGGCUCUGUCCCCACGGGCACCAAGGUGAUGAGUGCAGGUGCUGAUGGGGUGAAGGCCGUCUCCCUGGAGUUAGGGGGCAAGUCACCUCUUGUUAUCUUCGAUGAUGCUAACUUGGGCAAUGCUGUCAAGGCUGCACUCAUGGCCAACUUCCUUUCCCAGGGACAGGUCUGCUCCAACGGCACAAGGAUCUUCGUGCAGCGUAACAUUGCUGAGGCCUUCACCAAGCGGCUUGUUGCCGCCACUCAGAAACUCAAGAUUGGGGAUCCCAUGGCUGAGGAAACCACUGUGGGGGCGACCAUCCAUGAGGACCAUGCCAGGAAGGUCCUUGGCUACCUAGCAUCUGCACGGGAGGAGGGUGCCGUGGUGGAGUGUGGGGGGGAGCGUGUGGCCUUGGGGGGGCGCCUGGAGGGAGGCUGGUACCUUUCACCUGCUGUCCUUACUAACUGCCGGGAUGACAUGAAGGUGGUGCAAGAGGAAGUUUUUGGAAGUGUUGCGUCAGUGUUGAUGUUUGACGAGGAGGAAGAGGUGAUAAAGAGGGCGAACAACACACAGUUUGGUCUGGCAGGUGCUGUCUUCACAAGGGACUUGGCACGGGGACACAGGGUUGCGAAUGCCAUAGAGGCUGGCACCGUGUGGAUCAACAACUACAAUCUGUACCCGACUGAGAUACCGUUUGGUGGGUACAAGCACAGUGGGAUUGGGAGGGAGAAUGGAACAGCUGUGAUUGACUUCUUCACGCAGACUAAAACAGUCUAUGUGGAAAUGGGUGAUGUGGAUGCUGGCCUAUUGUGUCAGGAGUGAGUGAUGUGACGGUUGUGAAGGUAAAUAUGCAGUGUGUGUGUUUGUUGUUUGUUUAAAAGUACUUCUGGUAAUCAUAAGUCUAUUCACUUCAAUCUUACUUUCUUGUUGUUAUUUGCUGUGGAUAAUUUUAUAAACUAUGGUGUGCCUAAUAAGCGCUCCCAACAAUGUCCCAGCAUGGGUACAGACUUGGUGGAGGGACUGGUUUUCUGCCCCAGGCAAGGCAAUGGUCCUAUACAAUGCCCUAUUUUGAUAUUGCUGUUUAUCUAUGUGUGGCCAACAAAACAUUACAUGGUUAAAUCCAAGUAUGUGCUUAUGUUUUAUAAAAUCGUACACUAGUAACAUUUCUAAGGUGUCUGGUUUACAGAAUUUCUAGCUUAAUCAGCACUCACAAAAGCUCUUGCACCAGUUAAAUUGAAUGUAAUAAUAUAAGUUAUGCUUCCAUGAAAUAUGCAUAAAUAAAUAUGAGAGCUCAAAGUCAGAAGUUACAUCACCUAUUUAUUGUAAUAAAAAUAUGCAUAUAUAAUGAAUCUGAUACCUGCAACUUGGCGCGGGCUUCUGCCAGAUAUAUGAAAAUGUCACGUGACUUAGUGUGACUUGAAUGUGAUAUGCUAAUGCUAAUGAAUAUGAUAUGCUAAUACUAAUGCCUCCACAUAAGUUUGUUUGCGUAUGACGACUAGACAAAGACCCAGAAAUGAACUGGUUGAAGGACAGGGCAACACUUCCAUCCCAGAAAAAAAAUAGCCAUGGAGAUGAGAACCAUGGGAAACAGAUGUAAAAUGAGGUAUGGGAUGAAGAACAAAACUUUCAAGUGUCUGCUCCAAAAAUUUUAAGUAAUGGCCUUUCCCAAGCACACCCAGACCCAGAAUACUUUGCUUACAAUGACUGGGGAAGAGCACAAAACCCAGAAUGAAGAAUAUUAUGCAAGUCAAGUCCUCAACCAUUGGUGUAGGUACAUAUGCUGUGUUGUUUAGGUGCCAGCUUACAGCGCCUGGCCGCAGUUAUUGUAUAAAAUAUGAAUGUAUUUUCAUAUUCUGAUUUUGUUGUUUAUUCAAUAUUUAGCACAAUAAAAAUA